AUAAUGGAAGUGAAAUUGAAGCCUUGAAUAAUGCAGCAAUUAAUGCUCUUGAAUGGAAAGCUGACAAGCCAUCUGACUUUAAUAUAAAAGGUAUCUCUAAACAUAGCACUGAAUCAUUGGGAUGGUUUAUAGACAUACCAGUCAAUAUAAAGAAUAAGAAUAAUAAAACUAUUAUAGCUACUGGAAAUUUUACAUGUAUUGAUAAUGAUAAACCUGAACUAAUAGCUUUUUAA